AUGGUAUUGAAAAGAAGUGAAUUCCGAAGAAAAUAGUCUGCUGAAAAUUGUGAAAUAAUAUCCUGUUUUGAACCUACGUGCUUGGAUUUUGAGUACCACUUUCCGUUACAAGCGGUGUUUUAAUGUCCGGUUUGUGAACAAUACAUGUUUACAUAUUUGCUAGUUCUUUAAUCCAUGACGAAUUAUGAGUUUUAUCGAAGGUGUAGGAGAUGAAGUAGUAGGUUUUGCUGUUACUUUACUAAUAUUAGUUUUGUGUGCCAUUGUCCACUUUUUUCGUAAUGCAAAUCCGUGGUUUAUCCGCGACAUUCCCGCCGUUUCACCUGAAGUUACCGCAGCUGCUUCUGAACAGAAUACCAAUGAAUCAGAAUCUGGAAAUGAAGAAAGUUCCCAAGAAAAUGAUAUCACAGAGGUAAAUAUAGCUACAGAGAUGACUGCUUCAACAGCCAAUCAUGUUUCAGAAGUUACUAGAGAUAAAAGUGAACAAGGAACAGACACAGAGGAUAAAAAUACAGAAAAACAAAGUAGCUCAGAAAACACAGAAACAGCAGGAAUUUAUCCGGAUCUUCCAUGUUCUGAUUUGCCUUCUGCACCUCCAGAGGAAAUUUCUACUGAAACAGCUUCCUCAGAGUCCAGAGAAAUUCGAAUACGCCUGAAAUAUUUAGAUGAUACAGAAAGAAUAGUAAGAUCAGAUCCCACAGUACAAAUAGGAGAUUUUAAAAGAACCCAUUUUCCAGGUGAUUUAGCAAGCAAUAAAAUAGUUCGCCUCAUUUUUAGUGGACAACUUCUACGAGAUAAUCUAACACUUCAUCAUUAUGGAAUACAAGACAGAUGUGUAAUUCAUGUUCAAGUCCUGCAAGAACAAGCCCAGAGCAAUUCACCAAUUAGUCAAAACACAGACUUAGAUUUAAGUCAUUUACUUUGGCCCUUGAUAUCUAUUAUCCUAGGAGUAUGUUGGGUGAUGUACUUCAAAUAUCCAGAUUUUUUUAAUGUUAUGUCCUUGAGCUUAUUGUUCCUAUUCACAGGUGGCUUUGUUUAUGUUUAUAGCCAUGUACAAUAACAAUGACCCUCCCCAAGAAAAAUAUAAUUUUCUAUAGAACUGUGCAUUCUCAAUUAAAGAACAUUACAAUUUUGCAUUUAAAAUAAGAAACAUAUUUGCCUAAGCUAGAAUUGACUUAUUCUUUCCACAAUGACAUGUAUAUGAACUUGUACCAUAUUUAUAAAUUCUAUAUUCUAAAGCUGUGUAAACUGAUGAAAACUGUAUUUUAUUUAAUCUAAUAUUGCAAAUUGAACAGCCGAGAGAAAAGUGGGCACAAUCACCACUAAGCAUGAAAUUCUGAUUGUGAAAUGUGUCAGUGAAUGGUGGUUUUUCAUAUUAUAAAUAAAAUUAUACUUUAACAGCAAAAAUAAAUGCCAAAUUUUUUUACUUAAUUCUUCUACAUACUAAGCAAAAUGUAUUUGAUGAUAUCUUUUAUACUGUACUUAGUAUCAAAAAAUCUUUUAUCAUGCACCUGUACUAGUAUUCAAAAUUAAAACAAUAUAAAAUAAUUUUAAAAAACAUGUUACAUUACGAACUUUAAUAUGUUACUAAUAUGGUAUCUAUAUAUACACAAAUGAAUAUAAGUGGUGGCAGAAAAAACUUUUGAAAUACAAAUAGUGUUGUCUCACUAAAACCAGCUAUAAGACUAAAAUUUCUCUAUGAAAUUACUCUUAUGAAUAACAAUACUUUGCUUCUCAGAUCUGACAUUAUAUGCUUUGGGAGACUCCAAAACAGUUUCGAAGUAUUUAUAAAAAGAAAUACACUAAUAUAUCUUCUUAAAAUGUCUCAAACAUGAUGAAUAAAAUUCUUGUUGUCAUUUCAAUAUUUAAAUUAAUUCUUCUUUAAAUUGUAUGUAAAGGUAUGCAGUUAUUGAUACAUUCCUUCCCAUUAUUUUACCAGAUUUAAAUUGGUUACAUUCCUGAAUACAUUCAUUCAAUCAACUGCACCUUUAACUAAAUGAAUAUUCUUUCAGUAUCUGGUUCAUUCUGAACACAGCAAUUUGUUAAUCCAUGAUUGAUCUAACAAAUAUAUUCCAUUUAAAUUCUUUUAGAGAAAUUAUGUCUGAGGCAACUCAUUCUAUUUAUUCGCAUCCUUUUUGAUGCAUCAUAUGCUGGGAUAUUUGAUAUAACUAAAUGUAUAAUCUAUACUGUUUAUUAUUUUUGGGCCAUUACCAAACAUGUUAAAUAUAAUUUUGCACAGAUCUCUCACAUCUUCAGUGUCCUGAAUUUAUCAGAGGUAUGUUUUUAUUAAACAGAAAUAUCAGCCUUCUACUCUAGUGAAUCUGUAUUUUAUUACUGUAUUUGACAACCCAAAUCUAAAAUUUCUUUUACAUUACUAUUACAAAAAAUAUAAAAUAUGCAUUAUGUUCCCCUCAAAAAAGUGAAAUUUAAUAGCUUUCACCUAUAUUACUUCUUGUAAAUGAGCUUAUCUUUCUUAUUGCUCUAAUUUUGAAUACUAGUUUGAAGUAUGAAACUAUCAGACAUGUUCUUUUUGGGAAUUUACAUAAAGCACAUCCUUCCUGUAUAUAUUCAGAAUAAUUCUCUUAUUAUUUAUGUAGCCUUUAUUUAUAUUUUGGAAUUACAAUUAAGUAUUUCACUGAUAAAUAUGAAUCCAUACUUAUACUUUCAUCAGAUACUUAUAAAAAUAUAAGGUUUAACAUUUUUAUCAAAUUUUCAUACUAAUGCACUGUUAAUAAAUAUAUUUUCAAGUGUAUGUAUAUAUAAAUAAUAUUUUUUAUUUUCAUUCGAUGUAAUUUUUUUUUUGCAUGAUUGAGUACAAAUCUCAAUAAUUAAACAAAAUUUUAUUAAAUGUUGCUUUCUAUUUAUUUAGUAACAUACUCUGUAUAUAAAGUUCAUAAGAAUUGCAGAUGUUAUUUAAAUUAUAAAUAUCUAAAUCAUAUAGUUUCAGUAAAAUCAGGUUGCAAAAUUUUUAAACAAUACUUUGUGCACAGUAUAAAACUUGUAAGUAAAUUCUGUUUAACAGAGAUUUUUCUUUUAAGUACAUUAAAAAAAAAAAAAA